AUGAGGUGCAUUCGUACUCCAGAUACCUUACCACAGGUACCAGUGCCACUACCUGGGAAGAAGAUAGGGGGCAAAGAUGGGAGUAAGGUUACAAAAACGCACAUGCAGGUCACAUGGAAGAUGCCAUACACACUGAGAUCACACAAUCAGAUAGAUGGCGGGCAAAUCCUUGCAUGGGGUGUGACGAAAGGCAACUGCCGCUUGCGCUUGCCGUCACACGGAAGUGGAACAGUGGUAGGUGAAAUACACUCGUCGUUUCUCGUACAUCAGAAGAAUAUUGCAAAUUCUGCGACUUCUGAAGAGUUUGCUGACCAUGACAACAUUGGAUUUCGACUGAUAAGGCCCAUAAGCACAGUUCGAGGUUUCCGGGAUUUUCCCUUGGUACCAUCACAUGCCAAAGAAAUAGAGAAAAAUAUGACUGGACAACAGUGUACUUUGUCGCGCGGAAAUUGUGUGGGAGAUGUGGACAAAAUGACGAAUCUAAAGGUGACGCUGCUACGCCUGUGACCGCCGCCGGAUAGCAUGCGCUGUGCGCCCAGGACGCCGCCGCGACCACGCUCCACCCGGCCGCCCAGCUAGCACCCGAGACUCGAGCUCCAGCGCCGCAGUGCCUUGUUCCCCG